AAAGAAAGAACCUCGGGGACGUGUACUGUAAAAGGUGGGAGUGCAAUAAUAAUAAGAGGCAGGAACGAUCGCGUGCUACGAGAAAGUGAAGAACUUGCCAGUGUAUACGAUCCAGGCGACUCGGUACAAAUUUUUAUCCUUCAGCUCCGCGCAAAGAUGCUUUAUUGAAUAAGCUGUACAAACAAACGAUGGUCUCACAGGUAGAGCCUUCUCAAUCGCUGACCCUUCGAGGUCCCUCGUCCGUCGUUCCGCGAUCCUCGAGACAUCGACGGCAUGGCAGGUCGCAUGCUGGAGGUACUUCGUUCGUUCCGCAGAAUGAGUUCCCCGUCUUCAGCCACACUGGCGAUGUCGAGAUCCUUGUGAAGGCUGGCUCCCACACGAAUCGAUAUCUCCUACAUAAAAUAAUACUGUCACAAUGCUCUGGGUUCUUUGAGGCGAGUACAAGUCAAGAAUGGUCGCAGUCUGCGGGUGGUGGAGGGGAAUUGGCAAGGCUGGGAGAGGACUCGGGAAGUGAGUCAGCGAGGAGGAGUGAGGUCAAGAAGAAAUGGAGAUAUGAGCUGGAUCCCGGAGCUGAUCAGAAUGAUAUACCCAUGCUGGUUAAGAAGGAGGGCUCACAUUCUCUAUUUGGGUCCAACGAUGGCCCACCACCAGUUCGAAAUAAGCCGCCGUCGUCGAAUCCUUCUUUCUUUCGCUCAGUCGCAAACCUCUCACUCUCAGCUCCAACUCAUGCACCUGCUCCUCUAUCUCACGAAGAUCAAGACCUCCUUAAUGACUACGACAAUCUCUUUCGAAUCUUCUACAAUUACCCUCCGACCCUCGACCCAAUCGACAUAGCCAUUGCCUACGUGCAAUGCAAAUCUCUCCUUACGUUGGCAGAUCUCUACGACGCACUCGCUGUCGUAGGACCUAGAAUCGACCAUCACCUUCUUCAAUUCCAAUCUCGACUCUGGAAACAAAUCGCCAAAUACCCCUCUUCUUACCUGCGAAUCGGCUAUCUCUCACAAUCCAAGACCAUCUUCCAAGAAGCUCUCAUUCAUGUCGUAGGCGCAUGGCCAGUAGGAGAACGUCACAUCCGUCAUCAACUCCCUGACACAGUUCUCGACAUCAUCGAAGACAAAGUCGAGGAUCUCUCCGACUUGGUUGGUAAAAUCGAAGGACGACUAUUUCGUCUCACCCUCCUAACUCCUCGAGGCGAACGAGUAGGACCACAAAACUCGUACAUAGAUUGGUUAGCAGUCUCACUCUUUAGACAAUGGCUAGCAGAAGCCACAUCUCCACCACCGACACCACCGGCUCCUCGAUCUCGGAGCGGAAACGGACACCAUACACGCAACAACACAGUCCAAGUCCCCAACACCAACACGACCAUCCAACAAUACUCACCGCUUCCUGCUCCAUCCGACAUAUCCACGAAUGCACCAAACCCGAACCUCGGCCGCGUAUUCCGCAUCAUCGGCUCUCUCCCCUCAACCUAUCUCCCACACGAAGAAUGCAAACGCUUCUUGAAACUAAGCCCAGACAUCUAUUCCCGCGAAAGCUUGAAGAAGUUCGAAAAGAGGCUCGAUGAGCUUAAAGGCCUAGCGAGGGAAAUUGUUAGACCAUUGAUGAGGUGCUCGUUGCUGGGUAGCGGAGAGGGUGUUAAUUACUUAGUUUGCACGAAGGUUGGAGAGAGGGAUUUCCCUUGGAGUGAGUAAGACAAAGAAUGAACAACAGAUACGGCGAAACGGCACAUACAGCAUUCACGAGCGUCAUGAUACCAUAGCAGCAGAUUAUAUAGCCAA